AUGAUUGGAUUUCUUAGCGGUGUUAUCCUACAUUCAUCAUGGGAAGAAACGAAUCUCACUGUCCUACCGAAUCCCAUCAAGCGAAGAGAACUUUCGUUGAAUGUCGCCAAUAGACUACUCGAUUGGCCCGGGCGCAAGUCUGCUCAUGUUGAGUCGAGACUUGAUAGCAUCCAGUCAAUUCUCACCAAGGAAAUUUCGGAUGAGCCUGCUGAUUAUUCUUCCUUUCGCCCUAAAACAGCAUUUGCUUUGGAUUCACUGACCGACGCCAUCAUCAGAGACUACGUGAACUACUGGUACGAACCGAUUUUACCUUCCGAAACAGCCUUUCCUCGUUCCUGCCGCUGUAUGUUCACCGGCUUUGUUAAGUCAAUGGCCUCACAUCUCGCACGGAAACGAACUACGGACACUUUCCUUGAGUUUUUGACCAAUUCCUCUUCUAUAAUGAUCGUUUUCCUGAACGAACUCGCGAAUGCCUUUGAGAACGUCGGUUCCUCUACGAAGCCGGAGGAAAUCGUUCGACGAUACCUCGAAAAAUAUCCGGAGAGCAGCCUAGCAAACGUGUUGGCCGAUCCACAACAACGGAAAAAACUGAACAUCAUUGCCGAUGAUAUCCUGUCUAGCUUUAUGGACACGACGGCUUAUGGCUGCGCCCCUCUUAGAACCUUCUGCCGGGAAAUCUUAUGCGGCGUCGUCCUCGAGUCGACCAUUUCCAGUCUUUCGCGACCAGAGUGUAUCAAUAGCUGGAUAAUACAUCUUUUUAGUGAAGGAGAGUCUGAGAUAAUGAAUGCAAUCGAUGCAGGUGUUGAGGGGGUCAGGAACCAGGGCGUAACUGCUGCCAAACGCCCGAUAGAUGCGGCGGAUGCACCUCGGCCAACGUCAUCCGACAGCUUUGAUACGAACCUGAAGUCUCCCGGUCGGACAUAUCAAGAAAAGUCUGAGAACGCGGAUAAAGCAACAAAGGAAGCCAUCACCGAAGCAAAACGGCUGAGCGCAUUGAUUGCCGCCCAGGACUUACAGAGCGGAUCCACCGAUAGCAACACCUGGAAAGCCCUUGUUUCUUUGCACGACGAGGAUCCCACUUUGGCUUCUAGCACUUCGCCGAGGAAGGAAGAAGGCGAAUUCGAGCCAGCGAAAAGACAGGAGGAUCCCGAGACUUUUCCAGAACCGUCCAACGCGUGUACGAGGAAUGAAACAAGUCCAGAACCAAGAUCUACAUUGUCAUCGCCGAUGCAAGAGGACCAUUCAUCUCACCAGAACUUGGAGCAGCAUCUAUCAUUGCCACCUUUGACUCUUCACCGUGCAUAUAUAUCAGUGGACGAUGGUUCAGAGUCCAGCGACGCCUUGGUUCGAUCGAAGCCAACGUUCAAUUACAUGCUUCAGGUGGAACCUACAUCUUCACAGAGAACUGGGUGGAUGGUCUUUAGAACUUAUAAAGACUUUGAAUUGCUCCAUGAGAUCCUAGCGGCUAUCGCAAGGCUGAACAAGCUACAAUUCGCAGAUACUUACUCUUUACUGCCCACCUGGAAGGGGCUGACAAACAGAGCCUUAGUAAAAUCCUUGGAGCAAUACUUGCAGGCUGCCCUUCAGCACGAACCGCUUGCAGAAUGCGAAAAAAUGAGACGGUUCCUCGGAAAGGAAGGCCCUGUUGACCCGGAAAUAAAGAAUGCGUCCACGAAGCCUGGCUUUUUCCCUACCCAGGCGGCGUUAGAAAACGUUGGAAGAGGAGUCUUGGGUGCUUUAACUAAUGCCCCCAGGGGCGUCUCUAGCGGCAGCAAAACCGUUUUCAGUGGGAUGACGGGGGUUUUUGGAGCAAACCCAAGCAAGAAACCCAGCCCGACUCUAGAUGCUGAUAGUGCACCUCUUAAAGACUCUGUUCAGUCCAGUGACAAAUUCCACAGUACCUCCCAGAAUAAUCAGAGUCCAGGGGCAGAGAAUGCGCCGGCAUCUAGAAGCGGUGUACGGAUUCCCGCAACUCAGUCUCCUUUGAGUGGGAUCUCUCACGCCUGUUCACCGACCGCGGAGGACAGCCUCGUCGACUCACAAGCGAAACCGAUUCAUGACAAUUCAGCUCAUGCUCUGCUUAAUGACGCUGUCGAAAAUCUAGAAACUAGGCACCAUGGUCUUGCAGAGAAUGUGUCAUGUUUGGAUGAAACCCUCGAGAAACUCAAACCAAAUGGACCCAGUGCGGACCAAGCAUCUCCUACCAAAGACAGCAUUCCAGGCAACAAAAUAACUACAAUAUCAUAUGAAGAGACUCAGGUGGCGAUUGAGCUCAUCUUUGCUGUCAUAAACGAAUUGUAUACCUUGUCCUCCGCCUGGAAUAUACGCCGAACUCUUUUAAAUGCGGCCAAAUCCUACAUUCUACGUCCCGGGAACCCAAAUCUAGAGACAAUACGUGACCUUCUGCAGAACUCGAUGAUUGACGCUAAUACAUCAGAUGAGGCAAUUGGGCACUACCUCAUGAAAUUGCGCGAGAAUGCCCUGCCAACUAAAUCGGAGUUGGAUUCCUGGCCGGCGUCCCCUAACGAGAGUGAAAAAGAGCGCCUGAGAGAAAGGGCCCGAAGAGUCUUUCUACAGAAAGGCCUACCACAGGCACUGACAAGUGUGAUGGGAGCAGCUGCUAGUCGUGAAGCCCUCGAAAAGGUUUUCGAUUGUCUUCAAGUCCACAGUGUCGCUAGAGGCUUUCCAACUCGUAUCCCCUCCAAGAAUGCAAUAGAGGACAUAAUGGUUUCUGAAGUCAGAAAGCGCAUGUCGGGUGCUGAUGAUAGCCCUGUUCAUGGUGAACAUUCUCAACCGAAGAGAACAAAGACAGGAUCAGUCCAAAGUGCUGCUCCUGAUGCCAGAUUUCAUAUAGCUGCAACAUGGAAGACUGAUUCAAACGGGGAUAAGUACUGGGAGAUUUCAAAAAUGCGCAGAGUCAUGAUAUCGACCUUUCGCGGCAAAACCAUGGUCAGUAUCAGAGAAUACUACGAAAAGGAUGGCCAGGAGCUCCCUGGAAAGAAAGGUAUUUCUUUGCCACUCGAUCAAUAUGCCUCCCUUGUGACUUUACUGCCUGAGAUCGAGGUUGUGCUCAAGGAGCAAGGGCAGUCGAUUCCUCGGCCUGAGUACACGAGUUCGGAUAGCCGCCGAAUGGAAGGUUGUGAUUCGGAGGACGAUGAAGAACUUGCGGAUUUGCCGAAGAAGAACAUUGAGGCAACCAGUGACGAAGACGAGGAUGAAGACUAG